AUGCUAGAGAAAAACCGGCAGUCUCGUCAUCUCGCCCGGUGUUUUAAGAGCUACUCCUUCACUCUACGAACAAGCCCAAUACAUGGUACUAGGUGUACUACGAGUCUUAAACCUUUUCCCCUUUCAAUCUUGCGAAACUCAAUCAGGCCCCGACCUUACACAAACAAGUUAGCAGCAAAUCAACGACACAAUUAUCACAACACUCAAGUAGAGGACACCACGUUACCGAAGGGGCACAGACUCUCGUCACCCCCAACUAAGGGACCUACUGCCGUACAUACGCGACAAGCGCCCGCCCACCAAACACGCCGCAAAACGAUGGCAAAACAAGACAAGGGAAAACCCCCGCUCCAGGGGAACGACUAUUUGCGGUCACCACGGCCGGGGCAAAGACCGAGUGGAUUCUCUUUGAGAUAUCAGACUACAGACCCAGCUCUCACGACAACCGAUUCUGAAAAUGGCGGUUCUUCAAGGACCCGCAACCAUGCUUCUCGCCAACGGUCCAUUGCUCCUUCGGAAGGCCAAAGAAGAGGACCCCUCAAUAACCCCCCCCCAAAUAUAUUCGAUACUGGUAUGGAAUAUGUGCCAGAACUCUCCAACCAGCCACCCACACUCAAGCUCCAUGAUCAAUGGAAUCUCGAAAUGUGCCUGAUAGGACAGGGGGAGGAUGAGAAGAAUUGCACAAUGCUCAGGGUUAGGGAUCAUACCAUCUGCCAGCUGUCUCAACAAUUGGGGGAGAAAAUAAAACAUUCAAGAGCCGACAAGGAAGCAGGGAGCAGAACCAGCAAACCCACCAGAAUUUCUGUCCAUGCCAAAAAUCCAAAGGUUCUGGAAGCAAUAUUAAGUGUCGUACACGGAAUCAAUACGAGCUGGAGGAUCAAUUGUUUUGAGGACUUUGUGAGUUUAGCCGCAACUUGUUGGGAGUUUGGAUGCCGCACCGACAAGCUCACGACUCUCCUUGUUGGUCGCCCAACGUGGAAGCCAAACGAUCCAGAUGAAGGAGAUCACGCCCCUAUUGAGCAGUGGAUAUUUGCGGCCCUGGUUUUCGAUAUUCCAGAGAUCUUCGAACAAGCUACCCAUGAGAUGGUUAUGGACCUGGAGGGCACCCUAGAGGGCCCUGAACAUGUAGCCCUUCUUCCAAUGGAGUUGAGAGGAAUAAUCAAGCAAAAGGCGCAUGAGAUCUCGGAGGAGAUAAUUGGUUUUGUGAGCAGCUACAUAAGCGAAUAUACAGAACAUCCGGACCCAACUAGUGCGGGGGCAGCUGCGCGGGCAUUUUUCACGACAGCUAUGCAAAAUUGUUUGAAAAGCGUGGGAUAUAGCCUCUUUAAGGGUGCGGUCUUGGAAGGCAAACCCCAGGGAGUAGUCCAUCUACUUAAGGCCCUAGAGAAUGAUCUCCCUCGCAUACCGCCAGGGCCAAUUACCGUCAAUACUGACCUAUGCACCCUGGACCAGACGCCGGGCAGCCCAACUGCAGCAUCUCACCACCCCGGACCCUCGAACUCCUCCAGCUUGCCAGACCUUCCAAGCGCCAUACCCCCGAGACGGGCGAGGGCCGCACUUGUGAUAGCAAAUGCGGCUGUGGACCUAUGGGAUAAAAGGACAGUAUUCGCGGACAAAAUACACCAUCUUGUUGCUAGCGACCCUACGAAAAAGGAGGGCUCAAAAGAUACAGAGGAAAAAUACGUCCAGCUUGUGGAAACUUCUCAGGAGAAACUCAGAGAGGAAAAAUACAUCCAGCUCGUGGAAGGUUUUCAGGAGAAACUCAAAGACGCAAAGCCCAAAUGGAACUUUGCGGGGUUUGACCUGAAGCAGUUUCAAACAUUUCCCGAAAACGACGUUGUGGAGGAAGGUGAGAUGCACCAGCACGAAUGAACCAUAGUUACUUCUCUCAAUGGAAUGCUUACCAUACCAAUUUGAUAAGGGUGAAGACUUGGCCAGGCGACCUGACUUUCCUCACUACUUUUCAUAAGUAAAUUUUCUCCGCUGCCAAUCGCCUCCAAAGACUAUAUAAAAUCCCCCACCUAAUAACGGCCUGGUAUCGCCCUGCGGGAGCACUGCGGGGACCUCUCAUGCUUCUCUUACCGAGCGGAGCACCUAACCAGACAAUGAUCUGCUCGAAAAAAAUCCCCUGGGUUGUGUAUGAUAUAGAGUUCUCGAUCAGAAAAAAAGACACCAUUUCCUGAUUCCCAUUGAA